AUGCUCAGAGGAUUUCCCUCUUCUUCUUCUUCUUCCAAAAUGCAGCGGCUCGAUCAACAACUCCACCGCCGUCCUCAACUCCUCACAUUUUCAGCCGCAAACGCGACUUCUGAUCAUCCCAGUUCAUGCUCUGCACAUCAUCUACCCUUCCGACGGUGGUGUGAUGAUGAUAUACAAUUGAAUCGUGAUGAUGUUGUUCAUGCAGCAUUGAUGAUGAUGAGAAUGAUGAAGAUAACGUUGAAGAUUGACGAGUUCUUGAGAGAUCGAAGAUUGAAGGUGCUGUUACGAUUGAAGAUUGAGGUUGACGGAUUUACAGAAGAUGAUAGAUAUAUUGAUGACGAGAAGUGGAGAACUGAUGCUGAAGCUCUCAGAGAAGUGCAAAGAAACUUUCUUACAGGUUCUGGUGACCCAUCUUGGUGA